AUCAAUUGGAAGUAUCAAACCAAAUCGUCCAACAAAUAUUGUCUUGGCAUGAAUGACAACAGAUGUAACUGGCCUAGAGGCAAAGUAAUGGGCGGUAGCAGCGUGCUAAACUAUAUGAUCGCAACCAGAGGCGGCGCCGAGGAUUACGAUCGAUGGGCUAAGAUGGGGAACAAGGGCUGGGCUUACAAGGAUGUCCUUAAAUACUUUAAAAAGCUGGAGACGAUCGAUAUCCCAGAGCUGCAAUCGGACACUAUUUAUCACGGAACUAAGGGACCGUUACAUAUCUCUUAUCCGUUAUACCAUACACCAUUGGCAGAGGCUUUCUUAAAAGCUGGUAAAGAGCUGGGAUACCCACUGUUGGAUUAUAACGGAAAGAAUACGAUAGGAUUUUCAUAUGUACAGGCCACAAUGAUAAAUGGCACCCGCAUGAGCAGCAACAGAGCCUAUCUACAUCCAGCAAGAAAUCGUCGGAAUCUUCAUGUGACACACGAAAGCAGGGUGAAAAAAAUAUUGAUUGAUCGUCACACAAAUCGGGCGAUUGGCGUGGAAUUUAUCAAACAUCGUCGAAUUAUCAGUGUGUUUGCAAGCAAAGAGGUAAUUUUAUGCGCGGGUGCUGUCGGAUCACCACAAUUACUAAUGUUGUCUGGCAUCGGACCGGCCAAACAUCUUAGCGAACUCGGCAUAAAUAUCGUCCGGGAUUUGCCGGUUGGUGAAAAUCUGAUGGAUCACGUAGCUUUUGGCGGGCUAACGUGGACAGUGGAUGAGCCAGUAAGUAUUCGACUGGCCGAUAUGAUAAAUCCCACUCAUCCAUUUAUGAGAGAUUUUCUGAUGAGCCAAUCGGGACCAAUAACGAUCCCAGGUGCAUGCGAAGCUCUCGCUUUCAUUGACACCAAACAU